CAUUACUCGGAACUUGUAUUCAACUUAUAAUUCUUUUUCCUCCUAUCAACGCAUACAACUUUGAAAAUGGCUGCUAGCAAUAUUCUCUUGUUAGCACUGGUAGCUCUGUCGUUUACUGCUAGCUUGGCAUCUGACCAAAGCCCUCUUCAAGAUUUCUGCGUUGCAGACAAGACAAGUGCAGUUGUAGUGAAUGGUUUGGCCUGCAAGGAUCCCGGGCUGGUUCAAGCCGAUGACUUCUUCUUCAGUGGACUCGAGACGGCAGGCAACACAUCAAACCCAUUUGGAUCGAAGGUGACACCGGUGACUGCAGCCCAAGUUACAGGGCUAAACACUCUUGGCAUCGCCUUGGCCCGCGUCGAUUAUGAGCCGUGGGGUAUCAACCCUCCCCACACGCAUCCUCGUGCGUCUGAAAUUUUAGCAGUGCUGGAAGGUAGCCUUCAAGUUGGUUUUGUCACGUCCAACCCCGAAAACCUCCACAUCACAAAGGUUCUGCAGAAGGGUGACGUGUUCGUAUUCCCCAUUGGUCUCGUCCACUACCAGAGAAAUGUUGGAACUACAAAGGCCGUUGCCAUUGCAGCUCUGAGCAGUCAGAACCCUGGUGUCAUCACAAUUGCGAAUGCGGUGGUGUUUGGGUCUAAACCAGAAAUUGCUAGUGACAUUCUCGUGAAGGCUUUCCAUGUUAGUAAGGAGGUUGUCGAUUACAUCAAAACUAAGUUCUAG